CAAAACUGCCGCAGAUUCUACAGCAUCUUGUGGAAGCAGUUCGGAGCCUCUCUGGGCUACAGCUCCUCCCGCCUGCUCUUUAGAGGGCCGCACCUCGGUGCGGGAACGGGGGUCUCGUCUCGUCGUCUCAUCGACCCCUCCAUCCCUUCCACCUCCACUUGCUUUUCAUCAGCCAUUUCGGCUGAACCCUUUUGGGUCAACCAGUUUUGAGUGGUGCCGGAGCACUCGUGGGACGCAGCGGACCUUCCUCACCUUUUCCGGGGAACCCAAUGCCACGCCGGGCCAUGCACUGCGUGCGCGCCCUCUUCGGGCGCCCCCGCGUCCGGGGGCCGGCGCAGCACCUGGCGGAGCCGCUGGCGAGCGAGGUGCCCGAGCAGACCCCGGAGGACCUCGAGUCUCUGAAGACUGCCGCCGCGGCCGAAGCCCAGGCCGUGGAGGCCACCGUGGGAGCCGCGCCCCAGCCGUGCGACGAGCAGCCGCCGCCGGCCGCAGAGGCGGCCUGCAGGCCGGAGCAGGCGCCAACAGAGGCCGGCAGCCAGGUGCCCGCACCGGAGCAGGCGGCAGCGGCCGCCGAGACGGCGGCGGCGGCGGCUGCCCCUGUGGAGCCGCAGCGGCAGCAGGAGCCGGCGGCGGCGGAGGUGGCGCCAGCUCCCGCCGCCCCCGCGGAGCUGCAGCGGCAGGAUCGGGCUGCAGAGCCGGGACCUCUGGAGGCGAAGCGCAGGGACCCAGCGACGGGCAAGGCUCUGACGUACCAGGCGCUCCUGAAGCAGUACAAGGAUGGAACAUACAGCGACAGCGAGCUCGAGUCGUACUGGGAGCAGAGCUGCGUGCCCUUGAAAGGCGGCGGCCAGGGGAAGGACGGCAGCAGCGCUCAGAAGAGGGGGAAGCCCAAGCCCAAGCGCAAGGCGUGAGCGCACGUGGUAGGCCCCCCCCGGGCUUUUUAUGUUUGUGUCAUUUUUUGGUCCCCUCUUCCCGCACACGUGCAGGACAAGGUCUGAGGGCAUCGGGUGUGAUCUUUUUGCAUGCGUGCAAUUUGCUCAGAAAACACGCGCCGAAAUAGCGCAGCUUCAUGAUCUCAAGCGCUCCCUUGGCGGGGCGCUCUUUAGAUCGUGCGUGUUUCGAAGGAGACGCGGCUCGGACAAAAGGA